AUGGCUAUCUUGCUAGGAAUUGAAUUCUUACACGCUGCAGGGUUAGUACAUCGAAACCUCAAGCCUGAGAAUAUCCUGGUCAACGUCAACGGUUAUGUGCGGCUGUCAGGAUUCGGUGACAGUAAACUGAUCGGGCGGGCCAGUCGUACUUACUCUUUGUGUGGCACUCCCGACUAUAUGCCACCUGAGAUGGUCGGGUUCCGUGGCUACGGUUUGGCCGUGGACUAUUGGAGCCUAGGUAUCUUGCUCUACGAGAUGGCAGCCGCGCAUCCACCGUUCAUAGGACCAGAUGUCGGUGUGUUGUUUGGACGGAUCUUGCGUGGCGAGUACCGAAUGGGCAACAUGUUCAGCCCACCACUCCGGAAUCUGAUUCAAAACUUGAUUCAAACGGACUUGACCAAACGACUAGGUAAUUUGAAAAAUGGAAUUUCCGAUAUUAAGAAUCAUACGUGGUAUAGCGCUACUAAUUGGUUGCAGAUAAUUAAUCAAAAAACAGAGUCACCUUUUAAACUCACCGAUACUAAAUUUAUACCACCGAACUAUACAAAACUGGCGUUGUGGAAAAAUGAUGAUGAAUUUUUCGAUUUUUAA